AAAAAAAACUUCAAGUUAAGAGCACGGAUUAUCAUUGAUUGAUAAAAGUUAACAAGUAACAACUCACAUACCCUCUUCGGAAAAAAUUUCCGGUUAAGUAAAUAUAUAUGAAAAACAAAUAUUAUUCUUCUCGCAGAAAUACUUACUAAUUGGAAGUAAAUCACUAAGACCCUCCGAAUGUAAUAUUGUGAUGACCCAAAGGAACCCGGCGAUUUUUUAAAAGAAAGUAAAUACAUAAUCCGUAUAAUAACUUUUCCCUGCCCCUUCAUCUACAGAUACGUAGUAUAACCAUAGUGUUUCGAGUUUUCGGCGAGUUGUUCCUUGGCAGGAAACGUAAAUACUUCCAUUGGAUCUCUCUGUGAAAACAACAACCCACGAAGCUUAAAUUGUAGUUGUUUUUUUUUCAAUAAUAUCUGAGAACUUUAAGACUUUGGGAGUGGCUGUUGCUGUUUUCUCAUUAAAAUGCAUUAUUUUGGUCAAAUAGUUUCGAAGGAAAGUAAGCAAAGCUGAGUGAUAAGAAAUAAAAAGCUUUAAUAAUCCUAAUAUAAGGAUCAGUGAAAGUGCUGCCCCUCGGGAUAAAAAAUGGGAACACAAGCACCACUGCACGUGCAACAUAAGAAGCUCGAUUGGUUUUACGCGCCAUGCUUCACAGCCUUUUGGAAAUUUCUGUACAUGGCCGUAGUGCUCCAGCAAGUCAACCAUUUGCCCACGCCUCUCACACUACAAGAUGAAUUCACUCAAGCAGAUUCGUUCAUUACCGAGCGAGCUGAGAAUGUACUAUUAAACCUAACCAACCUCGGCCCUAGGGUAGUCGGUAGUGAAGCAAAUGAAGUGGAAGCGGUGACCUUAAUAUUAGACCAAGUUUUUAAAGUUCAAAAUGAAAUGAACCAAGAUUAUUUUGAUAUUGAAGUGGAUCUACAAGUGGUCAGUGGUCAAUAUAUGCACACAAGCUUAUAUCACGGUGUACAAAAUAUUUUAGCCAAAUUGAGUGCCAAAAAUAAUACAAGUACAAAUUAUUUACUCAUAAAUUCGCAUUUCGACAGUACACCGAAAAGUCCUGGGGCCAGCGAUGAUGGCGCCAUGGUUGCAGUAAUGUUAGAGAUAUUAAGAGUUAUGGCGAAUUCGAAGGGACCUCUCGAGCAUCCUAUAGUUUUUCUGUUCAAUGGCGCCGAAGAGGAUGGUCUGUUGGCGUCUUAUGGUUUUACGACCCAACACAAAUGGGCCAAAAAUUGCAAGGUAAUUAUCAAUCUGGACGCUGCUGGUUCGGGGGGCCGCGAAAUACUUUUUCAAUCCAUUUCUGAAAGCUCCUGGUUGAUGAACUAUUACAGCAAGGUGACACACCCAUUCGCUAAUGCUGUGCUCGAGGAGCUCUUUCAAUUUGGUUUGGUGCCAUCUGCUACAGAUUUUCGUAAUUUUCGUGAUUAUGGCGGAAUGCAAGGUUUCGAUAUGGCAUAUAUUCAAAAUGGUUAUGUUUAUCACACGGAAUUCGAUAGCUUCAAAGUUUAUCCUAAAGCUUCCCUUCAAAACACUGGUGAUAAUGUGCUAAGCCUGGCGAAGUCCUUGGGGAAUGCGCCUGAAAUGCGUAAUAUAAAUAACUAUGGAAAUAUGGAGCAUUUCAUUUUCUUUGAUUUUCUCGGCUGGUUUAUGGUCCACUAUACAAUGAAUACCAACCUUAUCGUUAACAUUUUGGUUUGCGUGGCAGCUUUAAUUGCGAUCGUGAUCUCGCUUUGCUGGAUAUCAAAACGAGCUGAUCUCAGCUUGCUUGCUAUCGUCGCCCAAUUCAUGCUUACUACGUUUAUACAAACUCUCUCACUUGCGCUGGGCGCUGGCUUUUCGAUUUUAAUUUCAUACGUUAUGGAUGUCAUUGGUUGUUCUAUGACGUGGUUCUCUAACAACUGGUUAAUCUGCGGUCUCUAUUUUUGCCCCGUAUUUUUCUUCCUAGGCAUAUUGCCGGCAGGUUUUCUCGAAUAUACAAAGAAGUACGCGCUUCCUUUGGGCCUUCGCAUACAACUCUUUUUGCACUCACAUUGUCUCAUUCUAAUAGUUCUAACGAUUUCUCUGACAUUUUUAAAUAUACGUUCGGCUUUCAUGUUUAUGGUGGCGGUAUUCUUUUAUGCCGCAGCUCUGAUCGGUAAUUUGAUUACGCAAUUACACAAUAAGGGUUCUUGGUUUGCCAUUCCUGUCAUAGUUAGUCAAAUAGUUCCGUUCUUGUACUUUUCAUAUGUAGCAGAGUAUUUGUACUUUAUCUUUAUACCUGUAACCGGUCGAAAUGGUGGCGCUUCAAACCCGGAUUUAUUAAUUGCUUUAAUAGCCGUUAUCUUUGCAAUUUUGCUCAGUGGGUUCUUGAUUCCGUUGUAUUUGUUAUUCCGGAGAACCCGUUCGAUAAUACUCUGCUCUCUGGGUGUAGCAAUACUUUUCAUGAUUUUGGCCAUUAGACCAAUAGGCACACCAUAUACACCAAAAUUAGCACCACAACGUUAUACGGUUCAGCACGCCAAUCAAUUAUAUCACAAUGCAGAUGGAAGUAUCCGUUCGAAUGAGUCGGCGAUUUAUUUAUAUCAACAGGACAGACACAUUGAUAUAGCAGAAGAAGUCAUCGUCAAGUUUAAAGCAGCUCAUGAAACCAGCACUGUAUGCAAUAAUGAAGCCACUUGUCAACUAGACAGACCUAGUAUUUUCUAUACACCAAACAGUUUGUGGUUACCCGUCAAUGAGCCACCGGGUAUACCCUACGAGAGACCAGUACUAACACUAACAGCCAAAACAAUUAUGAAUACACCGAAUACGGUGCGGUAUAAUUAUACACUAACCGGCCCAGAUCACAUGAUGUUCUUUAUUGAACCGAAAACUUCUGCAAAAAUCAUCAAUUGGUCCUUUGACAAGACCAUACUGAGCAGAAAGAGGCUUGUCUUCACUUUUGUACACGGCAAAAAUAAUGAUGCAUUUGAGUUCUUCAUAGACCUAGAGUGUCACUCAAAUAAUACCAAUACACAGAGUUUGGAAAUCGUGUGAAGAUAUAUGAAGAGUUCUUGGAGAGCUUACCGAAUUAUGCCACGAAUGUUAAUUGGCUGGCGACCUACGAUAGUUGGUUGUUUUGAUGGAUUUAUGAUGGACAAAAAGUGUAAACAAAAAAAUAGGAAAUUUGUAAACUAAUAUAUAUGAAGAGAUCAACAAAAGUUUGUUCAGCUGA